AUGGGGGUAAAAAAAGUAGCAGUGAUUGGUGCAGGGGUCAGUGGAUUGGGCGCCAUUAAGUGCUGUCUGGAUGAGGGACUGGAACCUACAUGUUUUGAGAAGAGGAGUGACAUUGGAGGACUGUGGAAAUAUGAGGAAAUAUCAAAAAGUGGAAAUCUUGGGAUAUACAAAUCUUUAACCUGCAAUACAUCCAAGGAGAUGACAGCCUUCAGCGACUAUCCCAUCCCUGACCAUUACCCCAACUACAUGCACAACUCCAAAAUGAUGGAGUAUCUCAGGAUGUAUGCCAGGCACUUCGGGCUCCUGAAACACAUCCAGUUCCAGACAAAGGUGUGCAGUAUAAAGAAACGCCCUGAUUUUUCAUCUUCUGGUCAAUGGGACGUGGUGGUAGAGACUGGGGAGACGCAGAAAACCUACAUUUUUGAUGGGAUAAUGGUUUGCAGUGGUCACUACACUGAGAAGCACUUUCCUUUACAAGACUUUGAAGGAAUCAGCAAGUUCCAAGGCAGCUGCCUCCACAGCUGGGAGUACAAACACCCAAACUCUUUUUCGGGUAAGAGAGUGGUCGUGAUUGGCAUUGGGAAUUCUGGAGCAGACGUGGCAGGCGAGAUCAGCAGGGUCGCUGACCAGGUUUUCCUCAGCACAAGACGAGGGGCAUGGGUAUGGAGUCGAGUUUGGGAUCAUGGGAACCCCAUGGACGCCUCACUCUUCACACGUUAUAAUAGAGCUGUCCAAAAGUUCUGCCCCAGAUACCUGAUCAACAGACAGAUGGAGAAAAAGUUAAAUGCAAGGUUUAACCACGCCAAUUUCGGGCUGCUGCCCCAGCACAGAAUUCUUGACCACCGAACAGUUUUCAGUGAUGACCUGCCAAGUCACAUCAUUACUGGAAAAGUAAAGAUAAAAACAAAUGUUAAAACGUUCACUUCAACAUCAGCCGUCUUUGAGGAUGGAACCGAGGAGAACAUAGACGUUGUCAUCUUUGCCACAGGCUAUAAGUUGGCAUUCCCUUUCUUGAGUGAUGACUCAGGAAUACUAGACAGCCAGUACUCCAUGUUUAAAUAUGUCUUCCCUCCUGAGCUAGAGAAACCAACUCUAGCUUUCAUUGGAAUCGUACAGCCAGCAGGAGCCAUCAUCCCCACGUCUGAGCUCCAAAGCCGAUGGGUUGUGCGUGUGUUCACAGGACUCCAAAAGUUACCCCCAAAGAAAGCCAUGAUGGCCGACAUCUACAGAAAGCAUCAAGCAGACAAAGACGCUAUUAAAAAUCUCAAAGACUCUAGCCGCCGAGUACAGUUCAUCGACUACAUGGAUGAAAUUGCUUCUGAGAUAGGUGUCAAACCUAAUUUACUCUCUCUUCUCCUCUGGGAUACAAAGCUGGCCAAGGAAAUCUUCUAUGGUCCUUGCACCUCCUACCAGUACCGUCUACAGGGGCCAGGAAAAUGGGCUGGGGCUCGGGCUGCCAUCCUCACUCAGAGAGAACGGAUACUCAAGCCCCUGAGAACCCGUGUGGUCAAACACUCUCGGGCCUCCCUCUCUCAUCUGUUCUGGGUCAAAAGUGUUUGUGUUGUCAGUUUUUUCUUUAUUUCCGUAUUAGUUAUCAUGCAUCUCACAAGUGUGUAACCUCAUAUUGACAUAAAUAUUUAUGCAACUAGUUUUAAUUAAGCCAUGUAUCUUAAGAUUAGUUAAGGAUAAGGGGAAACAUGUUUAUUAGGCAAGUUUUACAACUGGAUUUUCAAAUGCACACAGAAAUACUCCAACGAUGACUUUAUAAGGAGAGGCUGAAAAGGUACAUUUACUACCAUUUUAUUGCAAACGUCAUUUGAAAUAAUUUGAGAAGCUUAGAUGUAACAUGACCAUGAAGAAUAAUUAAAAGCAGAAUGAAUUUGGUUUACUAAAAUCUCAGAGAGACUGUUUAAGCAACAAUAAACCUUAAAAGUACCUUUGACAGUCUCAAAGCAUCUUCCCCGUUCUGACCCCCUAGAAAAUCAUAGCUGUUUCCAACAGUUGUUUGUUUGUUUGGUUGAUUCUUACUUUUAAGACUCGGUCUCAGUGUGCAAGCAGUCUGGGAUGGCCUCAUGUUCAUGCAUUUUUACUACCAUUUGUUGAGAUUGUAAGCCAGUGCCACCUGAGAAAGAUUUAUUAGUAGAAAGAUGUGAUGUUCGUCAACUUACCACUUAAUCAAACAGCACCAUUUGUAAACGGGCUACCAGUCGACCUGACACAUUGCAGCUCCUGAUGUGUUGCACUAGGAACAGAUAUUUCAUACUGCUGCCAAAAUGUUUAGCAUGAAUUAAAUUAAGGAACAACUGAAAAAAUGAGAGAAAAAGAAUCAACAUUCCCAGUAAAUCUUAGCUCUAUUCCAAAUAAAGGAGACUACAGUGCUAUAAUGAUCAAUGAAAAUAUCUGAACACUAAAUGACAACUCUAACAUAAACGAGGGGAUUUUAAUGUAUACAUGGUCUUAUUGAAUAAUGAAUAUUGUAUAAUGGUGAUACUGUGUGGUAUAAUAGCAUUGUGUUUAUGCAACAGAACAUUCUUAUUUCUAAGAGAUAGGGGAAAGUAGGAGUUAAGUACCAUAAUGUGGGCAUUUUAUUUGCAGUAUAUGUUUAAGUUUAUCUGCAGGUGAGAGACAGAGCAAGAGAUACAACAGAAAAGUGCUAGGGACAGAAUUUUCACAGAUGGUGAUUCUGGUUAAAAGUUGUACAACUGUUCAUAGCACUAAUCUUUCAGACCUUUUGUAAACUUGAGAAUUUCAA